AGCUCCAGCCCGUUAUUUCAAGGUUAUCUCCUGCAGGAGCCUCACUUUUCGGAUCCUAUGGGAAUUCUGAUAACCGCAGUUUUUCUUUGGGCUGCUGUCGGAGUGGGAAGCCGGCCAGUAUCCUCACCCCUUAAUGAUGCAAAGGUUGAAUGUAUUAUUCAGGAGACACUGAAUGAAGAUGGGUCACAACAGGAGUGUGGCCCACAGCUAGCAGAGGAACUUGAUGAAGUGCAAAGACACCAGGGUUUGCUCAGGGAGCUGCAGAGGUUGGCUGAUGAUGAGAGAGACAGGGAGCACGAGGACGGGAGGGAGAAGGAGCGGUACGAGUACAACUUGGCUGACGACGAGAGCGACUUCGAGCAGAGGGAUGAAGAGGAGGAGGAGAAGGAGGAGAGAAACAUGACCAGUCUUGGGAAAAAGACAGAGGAGAAGAAGGAAGACAAGACAGAGGGAGAUGACACCAAAGAGAGUGUGAUGGAGAGGCCACGAAUUGAAGACAGAGGGAGCGACGAUGAAGAGGAGAGAGCCAAGGAGCUUGAGGAGCUGUUGGCCGAAGAGAUCACCAAGAAAGGGAAGGAGGAGAGGAACGAUGAAGAGCUCAAAGAACUGCUGAAAGAGUUGAAAAAGAAGCGAUACGAGGCGGUGAAGGAGAGGGAGAUCCAGAAAAGCUCUGGAACAGAGCAGAAGGAGGAGAUGGAGGAUAAGAAGGAAAAGAAGGACAAAGAGAAUGAAGGAGAAACAGUGGAGGACUUGGAGAAGCAGAGGAUCGAGGAGAGGAGGAAGAACGAGGUGGAGCUGAUGGUGGAGAAGGAGAAGGUGGAGAAGGAGCUGAAGGAGCUCCUCAAAGAACAGGACAGUAAGAAUAAGCCACAGCAGGAGAGGGAGAGGGAGAGGAAGGAGAAGCAGGAGGAGCUGGAUGAACUUGUGAGGAAGAUGAAGCGGGUGCAGGAGGAGGAGGAGCAGGAGACACAGGUCGGGACAAAAGAGGACAAGGUGGCUGAAGUGCCGGUGGAGGAGAAUAGUGAAAAGAAGGUGGGAGAAGGAGAAAAGGAGCCCGAUGAGAAAGCAGAGAAUGAAGUCAAGAAGAAGGAGGAGGCGGUGGCGGCUGAGGUGAAGGAGCCGCAGCAGAAGAGAGUGAUGGAGAAGGCGAGUGAUGAGGCCACACGGCAGUUUGAGCGGGAAAGGUACAAGGAUGAGGAAGAAGAGGAGGAAAAUGGAGAGGAUGAGGAAGAUGAGGAUGAGUACGUCAGAGAGGAUGAGGAGGGGCAAGAGGAGGAAGACGAUGACGAGGGUGACGCCGAAGAAGACGAAGGGGAGGAGCUGCUGGAGAUUGAAGCAGAGCUGCGUAAAGUCGCUGCAGAGCUGAGGGAGCUUCGCAGAGGAUAAGACACACGAUUGCGCACAUUUACACACACACACACACACACACACACACACACACACACACAC